CGUUGCUCCGCCCCCAGGGAGGACUCAGGCUCCUCCCCUUAGCUCCCUCCCCUCGCUCCAGCGUCUCAGCUAAUCGCCCCGCGGCGCGCGCCCUAAAGUUCUGGGCAAAGUACUGAGAACUGGUCGCGGGAUCGUACGCCGGCCAGUGGCAGAGGACCAGGGACCCCCGCGCCAGGAGAGCCGGUGCGCAGCGCGGGCUUCCGCCCACCAUCUGUCGGCGAGUGGCGCUCGGCGCCCCAGUCUCCUGUGGCUGGUGUUGGAACUGCCGUCGGCUGAGCCUUGCAGGGACCCGAGAAGCCGGGUUUGCGUCCUUCCCAGUCUGAAGCCUGCACCAGGGAACCAAGCAGUGUCCUCAGUUGCGGAAAGCUCAGGUCUGCUCUGUCUCAACGAAGACCAAGAGAUUAAUGCAACAUUGACACCCCCCCCCCCUUUCAGAAGCACCGAGCUUAUUCAGGGAUUUCCCCAGAGACAUCCAGGAUGGUUUCUAGACACACUGGAUAAGAGCUGACACCUGCCUGUGUGGACCCCACCCUCUCAGCUCCACCAUCUUCUCAUGGCAUUUUGACUACACUGAGCCCAAGUGACCAGCUCUUCAUAAUGAGUGAUGAGAAGAACCUGGGCGUGUCCCAAAAAUUGGUUUCACCUUCAAGAAGCACAAGCAGCUGUUCCUCCAAGCAAGGGAGCCGGCAGGACAGCUGGGAGGUGGUGGAGGGCCUGAGGGGCGAGAUGACGUACACCCAGGAGCCACCCGUGCAGAAAGGAUUUUUGCUGAAAAAGAGGAAGUGGCCGUUAAAAGGCUGGCACAAGAGAUUCUUCUACCUGGACAAAGGAAUCUUGAAAUAUGCCAAGAGCCAAACUGAUAUUGAGAGAGAGAAGCUGCAUGGCUGCAUUGAUGUGGGGCUUUCUGUGAUGUCUGUGAAGAAGUCGUCCAAGUGUAUCGACCUCGACACCGAGGAGCACAUCUACCACCUGAAGGUGAAGUCAGACGACGUCUUCGAUGAGUGGGUAUCCAAGCUCCGGCACCACAGAAUGUACCGGCAGAAUGAGAUCGCCAUGUUUCCUCGGGAAGUCAGUCACUUUUUCCCAGCCACUGUCACAGACUCCGCAGGAGUGUUCGAGGCCAUUUCCAGUAGGAAGCGCAGCAGUCUGUCAAAGCAGAAUUCAUUUCAAACGGGAAGCAACCUGUCAUUUUCUUGUGGUGGUGACACACGAGUCCCAUUCUGGCUGCAGUCUUCAGAGGACAUGGAAAAAUGCUCAAAAGACCUGGCACACUGCCACGCCUAUCUGCUGGAAAUGAGCCAGCUCUUACAAAGCAUGGACGUCCUGCAUCGGACAUACUCGGCACCAGCCAUCAACGCCAUCCAGGGUGGAGCUUUUGAAAGUCCCAAAAAGGAAAAGCGCUCGCACAGGAGGUGGAGGUCCAGAGCUAUUGGCAAAGACGCCAAAGGAACGCUGCAGGUCCCUAAACCUUUUUGGCCAGUGAGACUACACUCUUCCAAUCCUAAUUUGUCGACACUGGCUGGUGAGGAGAAGUGUUACUCCGACGGUUCUGAAGCCUCAUCCGAGUUCUCCAAGAUGCAGGAGGACUUGUGCCAUGUUGCCCAUAAAGUUUACUUCGCUUUAAGGUCGGCUUUUAAUAGCAUAUCAACGGAGAGAAACAAGCUGAAGCAGUUGAUGGAGCUGGAUGCCUCCUCCCCGCCUUCUGCUCAGGUCGUCGGGCUGAAGCACGCUCUGUCAUCUGCCCUAGCACAAAACACAGAUCUUAAAGAACGCUUACGCAGAAUCCAUGCGGAAACUCUGCUCCUCGACUCUCCCGCUGUUCCCAAGUCGGGGGACAACCUGGCAGAGGAAAACUCAGGGGACGAAAGCCGAGCCCUGGUGCACCAGCUCUCCAACGAGAGCAGGCUGUCCAUCACCGACUCCCUUUCUGAGUUUUUUGAUGCCCAGGAAGUUCUGCUAUCUCCCAGCUCGUCAGAAAACGAGAUUUCUGAUGACGACUCAUAUGUCAGUGACAUAAGUGACAAUCUGUCCUUAGACAACCUCAGUAAUGACUUAGACAAUGAAAGACAGACCUUAGGGCCUGUUCUCGAAAGUGGUGGGGAAGCCAGGUCCAAAAGGCGGACCUGCUUGCCAGCACAGGGCCCCAACACCAGUAGUGUCAGCUUAUGGAGCAUCCUGCGCAACAACAUCGGGAAGGACCUGUCCAAGGUGGCCAUGCCGGUGGAGCUGAAUGAGCCGCUGAACACCCUGCAGCGGCUCUGUGAGGAGCUGGAAUACAGCGAGCUUCUGGACAAGGCUGCGCGCAUGCCCAGUGCCCUGGAGAGGAUGGUAUACGUGGCAGCCUUCGCCAUCUCCGCAUACGCCUCCAGCUACUUCCGGGCCGGCAGCAAGCCGUUUAACCCCGUCCUCGGAGAAACAUACGAAUGCAUCCGGCAGGACAAGGGCUUCCAGUUUUUUGCCGAGCAGGUCAGCCACCACCCACCUAUCUCCGCCUGCCAUGCCGAGUCUGGAAACUUCGUUUUCUGGCAAGAUGUGAGAUGGAAAAAUAAAUUCUGGGGUAAAUCCAUGGAAAGUCCAAUCGGCACAACCCACGUGACGCUGCCAGCCUUUGGAGAUCACUUUGAGUGGAACAAAGUGACUUCCUGCAUCCACAACAUCUUAAGCGGGCAGCGGUGGAUCGAGCACUAUGGCGAGAUCGUCAUCAAGAACCUGACGGACGACUCCUGCCAUUGCAAAGUGAACUUCAUAAAGGCAAAGUACUGGAGCACUAAUGCCCACGAGAUCGAAGGCACAGUGUUCGACCGCGAUGGCAAGGCUGUGCACCGGCUGUUUGGAAAAUGGCAUGAGAGCAUCUACUGUGGCGGGGCCUCCUCUUCCACAUGUGUCUGGAGAGCAAAUCCCAUGCCGAAAGGCUACGAGCAGUAUUACGGUUUCACACAGUUUGCGUUAGAGUUAAAUGAAAUGGAUCCAUUGUCAAGGUCUUUAUUACCACCCACCGACACUCGGUUUAGACCAGAUCAAAGGCUUCUAGAAGAAGGGAACAUAGAGGAAGCUGAGGUGCAGAAGCAGAGGAUCGAGCAGCUGCAGAGGGAGCGGAGGCGGGUCUUGGAGGAAAACAGCUUGGAGCACCAGCCCCGGUUUUUCAGGAAAUCCAGCGACGACUCUUGGGUGAGCAACGGGACCUACCUGGAACUGAGGAAGGACCUUGGCUUUUCCAGACUGGACCAUCCCGUCUUGUGGUGAAAAAGCAAAGAGCGAUGUGUUAGUGUACGUCCCUCACAUCUGCUUCUGGAAGCAGCGCACACUCGUGUCUGUACGUCUAAAAGAUAGUAUCUAGAAUGAUCACUUGUGCUUAGCUUAGCAGUGUAAGUACUGAAGUAUGUAUUUUCUUCAGUAAGUUUCUUUACAAUUUCAAGUAUUAUCAUGAUUGUUUAUAUGAAUGUAGAACACCUCGGUAUUUCCUUUUAUAUAUAAACUAUUUAAUAAAAAUGAAAGAUUGAAUGUUAAUUCGUGGGUUUAAAGAAAAUGAAGCUUUAACACUAAUUUCCCAAAGGUAAGGGGGAAAAUUAAAUGUAUGCCUUAUAAAAUCACACUGGAGAAAACAGCUAUCUCCCAGGUGCAUUAAGAAAUAAGAACACCCGGGGUUGCUCGCCCGUGCACCAGCUAUCCAGGUUUAAUUGGUAGCUGGGAUAUCUUUCUGCCUCAGACAGCUCUUGAAUUGCUCAUACAGAACAAUCUGCUGGUGCUGAAGUACCAAGACCAUUUUCGUUUGCAUUUUAGUGGUUAAGGCGUCUGUGUGAGGUUAGUGGGAUGCAUAUUUUUUUAUGUGAGGUGGGCAUUGCCCGUUUGGAAGGGGAAGCCUUCCCUCCCUGUGGUUCUGUUGCCUUAUAUACAACACUAACCCCCCAACCCACCCACCCACCCACACUUGCUUAGAUUAAUCAGAGAGAUCUCCAAUAAUUCAGUGUCCUGAUGGCAUCCCAGGGAGGCAGAAGGCAUUUCAUUUUUUCUCAGUGAGAGCUGAAUCCUUAACAAUUUAAGAAACUGCUUUCAGCUUCCUGCCCCACCCUGGCUCACAAGCCCUCCUUAUGGCCCCUAUUUCAGAUGGAAAGUCUCCAUGUAGUACAAGACAUACAGUAAACAGCCUGCAGCAGUGUGACCUUCUGACAUGUUAGUGCAGUCAUGGUGGGUUGAAAUAACCAGCACAUCCUUCUUCCAUGUGGCUUUGGUGUUAUCUACCUCUUACUAAGAUCUGUACUCUCAACCGUGUGUAGACAUUUGACCAUCUGCCUUAGAGACAAGCAUCAAGCAUUUCACUUCUUCUGUGUCGUCCUGAGAAAGCUGCAAAGGUUUUACCUCUCUCCUCUACUCUCUUCUAGCUUAUAAUACUCUGACAUCUGCAUCUGUCUCAGAUAGGAGCUACCAAAACGAAGCGGUUGUUCUUGUAAAUGUCUUACUUCACGUUAUGAUAAUAGAAUGUGUGCAGUAGCUGAACUGUGUUAUCUGAACAAGUCUGACUUCUGCCCAGAGCACAUUGAAACCAAAGCCUGAUUGCUGAGCCUUUGACUUGCAUGUCUGUAAUGAUUCUGUGAAGUAUUGUGUGUAAUGGUAGGGUAAAGAGAUUUCUAGAGAAAGAAUUUGAGGGGGCCAGUAAGAUCGGCUCAGCAGGUAAAGGCACUUACUCUACAAGCCUGGCAGCCUUAGUCCAAUUCCCAGGACCCACAUAGAAGGUGGAAGGAGAGAACCAACCCCACAGAGCUGACGUGUGUCAUACCAAGUAGCCGACUGGACAGCGCAGAGUUUUCACAAUGGAGUGUUGAAAGUGAAUCAGUAGUCUCUGGAGUCUUCAAGUGACUGUCAUUUUAAACAACUCAUUAAAUAUUGGUUCAUUUAUUCCAUUUUAUGGAGACAUCAAGAUGAACACAGUGGGAACCUCAUUUCCAUUUCUAAGCAGCUGGAUGACACAGCCCGAUUCUUUAGUUCCCAUUUUUCUUCCGUUCCUUUUAAAGCAUUAUCCACAUUCUGCUCACAGACUUGAGGAAGUGGGCUGUAGAUUUAACGGCUCUCAGUGGGGAAACAAAUCUGGUGUACACAAUGUGAGUGUAAAUGUGGAAUUUUAGUAAUAUUGACUGUUAAAUAGGCUUGCUCCAGAGGCUGGCUCAAAGGAGAAGAAAGAAAACAACAAAAACCAAAACAAACAAACAAAAGAAAAAUACCACCGGAAUAGAUGCCACUUUGUGGUACCACUUAUUUGAAAAUUCUCUUAGAUUUUCUCGUGGUGUGAUUCCUAGCUUUAUUUUUGGAAUCCCAUGAACAGCUGACCCAAAUGUCACCUCUGUAGUCACCUUAUUUGAAUCAGAGACAGGAAUGAACAAAAUAUGUUCCAGAACCAUAUGUAAAUUCUCUCAGUCCCUGCCCGUGUCUGGAUGAGGGCUUUCCGGCAUGCAGUUGGUCUGGAGGUACAGCCUUGGUAUUUAAAUUUUAACUCUCUGCAGGAGGGAGGAGGCUGCUGCAUUCCUUCCAUCCUGUCUAGCACGCCCUUCCACCAACCUUGUGUAGGACUUGCAUAUUUUAUAAGGAAAACAGAACUAUGGUGUUGUUUGAGAAGAACUAAGGUAAAGGUUAAGUCUCUGGACUCUUAACUUUCUCAAAUCCAUAAUACCAAUCCCUGCUCCAUUUGACAUUCCUGUUUCGGCCUCUCUCAUUCUAAUGAUCCUAGUUCAAGUUUAUGAUGAGUUACAGAUGUUCUCUUGCUGUAGAACCUUCUGCUAACCACGCACUGCACCUCACGUGUUCCUCUUUUUAGUGCCCAAAUUGCAACACAUUCUUAAGGAAUGAGCAUCUUCAGGAUAACAAAGGAAGAGGGCCAGUUUCUUCCACAGGUCCUUGGGUACUUAAAGGAUGGUAUUUCCCCUCCUCAAAGGUGGUAAUAAAAGCCUCAGUGCAGUUCACAUCCUGAUGCUAGGAUGCUUCUGGUACUCACUAAAGAGAUCAGUUCCCCGCCCAGACCCCAGGGGGAGUCUGGUACUAAGUAAAUAGAUGCAGUUCGCUUCCAAGGCACUAGGGUGAUUCUGGUACUAACUAAACAGAUGUGGGGCAUCUCUGAGACACUAAGGAAAGUCUGGUACUCACUAAACAAAUGCAGUGCAUCUCUGAGACACCAGGGGGAGUCUGGUACUCACUAAACAGAUACUGUACAUCUUAGACUGGUGGUGGUGGUGGUGAUGGUGGGGUUCUUGUACUAAAUAGACAGAGGUUAACUUUAGGAUAUAAAUGCAGUUACUUACUAAGUAGCAAGAAUGCCUCAGCAGUCCCCUAGUCUUCCAGUGCAUCUGGGGGCUUCCUGAAGGAAAAGUACACAAACUAAAUUUUUUAAUGUUUACUUCAUUUAGGCUAAAUGUUUUCCUCAGAUCCUAUUUUUAACUACUUCCAGUAAAUCAUUUGCUCAGCCUUCUAGCACAGUCCUUCAUCUGUACUUGCCAGAGUCAAUUUGUGAUGAGAUAUUUUAUUCUACCCUUAAAGAUGUCAAGCCAAAAAUAGAGGUAAGGGUUACUUUGCUUUUUAAUGUAGGCUGACUGUGCACGACAAGCUCUGAUGGACUGUGGCUAUUAGAGACUGUCCUCUUAGCUACCAAUAAGAGCAGUGAGUUGCUCUCGUGAUCUUAGGAAUAGCAGCUACAGUGUGUGGGCAGAAUUUAUCUGAAUGUCUUUAGUUUUGAUAUCAACAUCAGCAUAAAUCUAUUUUUGCUAGCAGAUUAAAGCUGUUUUCACGUGUUCAAUUUUCUGUGUUGUAUCGAUCUGUGACUGAGUAUUUAUCUUUCUCUGUUGAAAACCUACAUAUUGAACAAGUAUCUGCAAAUCAUGGUGGGCUACAGUGCAAGUCUGUUUUAAAGACCAGUUUUAGGGGAUGCAGCAAUCAGAAAUGACUCAUUUAUUCCAUUCAUAAUUUUUUUUUUUAAAUCUUCCUCUGUUGCCUCCAGAGGAUAUGCUUCUGGGGGGAAAAUUGAUACUUGUAAAUCUUCUGCGUAACCAUUUGUAAAGGCUGAGUCGUACCUUGCUGCCCACACCUGUUCGGCUUCCCAGAAGCCCCUUCAAUUUGUUGUCUCCCUACCUGAGUGGCUCAGUGACUGAGAAUAAAGACUAUACCAACGGCCA